AUGAUUGAAAAUCCUGAAUACAAAAUGCUUCAUCUAAAAAAAAUACUUGCUGCACAACUUGGAAUCGGACAGUCAACAAUUUAUAACACGGUAUUGGAGUACCAAAGAAAUAAAACCGUUUCUUCGCCAAAUAAAACUAAAAAUAGGGUCAAAAUAUAUGACAAAGUAGAUGAAUUUGACAAAUAUGCCAUUAGGAGAAAAGUUCAUCAAUUUUGGCACAAUCGUGAAAUGCCUACGUUAAACAAGGUUCUAGUAGCAGUCAAUGAAGAAGCCGAUCUACCAAAUAUUUCUCGAUCAUCAUUGCAUCGAUUGUUGAAAUCAAUGGAUUUUGUAUUCACUAAGCGAGGUCGUAAUACUGCUUUGCUUGAAAGAGAAGAUAUUAUUCUGUGGCGGAGAAACUAUUUAAGAGACAUCAAGCGAUAUCGCGAAGAAGGUCGACCAAUUUACUACUUGGACGAAACAUGGGUGAACGCCGGAGAUGUCAAUAGUAAAAUAUGGGUUGAUAAGAGCGUUUUAACAGCUAGAAUGGCUUCGUCUGCGGGACUUUCAACUGGUGCAGUAAAUCCAACUGGCAAGGGAAAACGCUUAAUUGUUUGUCACAAGAUGGAUUUGUACACAGAGGACUUUUGA